GGAAAUUGUAGUAGUGGCCUAGAUAACACUUAGCGAGGUAUACUCUGUCUAAGGAUAUUGAAAACGGAUGAAUUUAACGGAAUAUAAUUUCAGGAAUAUAAGAUCAGCUAAAUUACAUAUUGUAUUGUACGGUAUAUGUAUCUUAUAUGUUAUAAUAUUCGAAUAAUGUAAUAUAGAUACAAACGUGAUAUAUAAAGUAACAACAAAGAUAUUUUCAUAACUAAUAUCAUGUGCGCACUUGUAAUUAAUGACGAAUACAAGGAGUUGAUUCUGUGUUAAUAAGCAGUAAUAUAGUUUAUUGAUCGAUAAACGUAAUGGACAAUUGAGCUUCAUUGUAAUAAUUAUAAUUAAGAGAUUGUAUUUCACAAUGGAGCAUUUCCGUCGUGGGGAGGAGAUGACAUCUAGUAAGGACGAUACUUCGUUUGUUUAUGAUAUACUAUCUGAGGGACAUUUACAGGCUACUGCACAUAGAUCUAGAUCAUAUUCAAUGCAUGUAAACAGACCUUUAGUACAUGAUAACAGCGCAAAGAAUAGAAAAGGUCGGCCUCGUAGGAUGAGUUUGCCUGCAAAUGUAACAAGACUUCAUAAGGAACGACGCUCAAAAGUAGCAGCAGAGAACGAACCUGGACAGACAAAAGUUCAUGAAAUGGAUGAAGAGGAAGAGACAUGGUUAAGUAGAAAUAGGAGAGCAAGAUCAUUCAAAGAACAUUCUGAAAAGAUUGAAUGUCAACAGAGAAGAAUUAGGUCAUUUAAAACUACGUCUAAAGGUCUGGUAAAUCGCGGUGACUCCUUUGAAGUAAAACUGGAAGAGGACUAUAAUAUAAUGGAUGCACCAACCACAACACCGGAUUCUACACAUCAUACAAAUGCUAUUCGUCAACAUAUUACUAACAAAUAUCAUCAUGACAAGAGUUAUUUCAGAGUUUUGUUGACAGGCGCCCGAGAUGUUGGAAAGACUUCUCUUAUAGAACAGUUUGCUCCGCCUCAUUUUCUAGCUCAGUCAGAGGGUGACAGGACUGUUACAUUGCAAGUAGAUGGUGAAAAAUCAACAUUAGAAUUUGUACAAUCAGAAGAUUUCCAGGAUCAGGAUGAAAAUUUAGAAAUUGACGCUUUUGUCGUUGUAUACUGUAUCACAGAUAGAGCUACAUUUGACAUUGCCAUAGAUCUGCUGACGCAUAUACGGGACGAAGUAGGAUCAAAUAAGGCUAUAAUCCUUGUUGGUAACAAAUCCGACCUUGAACGUAAGAGGACUAUUAGUCAGGAAGAAGGACGAUCUGCUGCGGAUGCAUGCGGUUGUAAAUACAUUGAACUUUCUGCAGCUCUCAACCAUCGUGUGGAUGAACUACUUGUUGGUAUACAUAAACAAAUAAAACUUAAAUCUGAAGCUGACAAUGAGGAAACUGAGAGUAGAAUUCCGAAAGCGAAAGAGAGAAGGAGUUCAUUUAAGAGGACUAAACGUUUCCUCGAAAAAGUAUUUCAUAGACACAGUAGUAAAGACAAAACGACGGAAAAUCUGUAUGUCGAAUGAAACAAAAUGAAAUUAUGAAAAGCAUUAUGCUACAAACCAACAAGAACUGACUGAAAUGAAAAUUUCUUAACAGAACAAAUUACGGAUAUGUUUAGAUCAACAUGUUCAACGGUAAAACUAGGUUAAUUCCAAAGUGUACAUUCCAAACAGAAAGAAAAAAAAACCCUUUAACAUUGAACAAGUGUUUUCGCCAAUUAAUUUGUACAUUAAUCAUUACGUAUGUUUUGUUAAGUCUUAAGGAUUUAUGCCAACUAUUUUCGUUCUAUUGGAAAUGUGAUGUAAAAAGAAUUCUCUUAAAACCA